AUGAACCAGGUUUAUGAAUUGGAACUGCUGAUGGAGAAGAGGUUCGGGGAACAGACGGCGCCGCCGGCGGAGCUAUUUCAGAAGAAGAUGGAAGCUUCCUUUCCUAAAACAGUUCUGAGCCGAGGAAUGGAUAACCGGUACCUGGUGUUAGCAGUCAACAUUGUAUGGAACAAAGAGGGGAACCAUGAAAAGCACCUAAACAUCACUGCUUCCCAGUCACUAGAAUAUGAAGAACGGUGCAUCCUUAGGAAUGACUGGUGUUCUGUACCCGUAGAGCCAGGGGAUAUCAUUCAUUUGGAGGGAGACUGCACAUCUAAUACUUGGAUAAUAGAUGAAGAUUCUGGAUAUUUGAUUCUGUAUCCAGACAUGCUGAUUUCUGGCACAAGCAUAGCCAGUAGUAUUCGAUGUAUGAGAAGAGCUGUCCUGAGUGAAACUUUUAGGAGUUCUGAUCCAGCCACACGCCAAAUGGUGAUUGGUACGAUUCUCCACGAAGUAUUUCAAAAAGCAAUAAGUGACAGCUUUGCCCCAGAAAAGCUACAAGAACUUGCUUUUCAAACUGUUCAAGAAAUAAGGCAUUUGAAGGAAAUGUACCGCUUAAAUCUGAAUCAAGACGAAAUAAAACAAGAAGUAGAGGAGUAUCUUCCUUCAUUUUCUAAAUGGGCUGGAGAUUUCAUGCAUAGGAAUACUUCAACUGAUUUCCCUCAGAUGCAGCUCUCUCUGCCAAGUGAUGGUAUUAAGAAUAAUUCAACAUGUAGCAUCGAAGUAAUAAACUCACUGGAUAUUGAAGAAAGCAUUUGGUCCCCUAGGUUUGGAUUGAAGGGCAAGAUAGAUGUUACAGUUGGUGUGAAAAUACAUCGAGAGUAUAAAACGAAAUAUAAGAUAAUGCCAUUGGAACUUAAAACUGGCAAAGAAUCAAAUUCUAUUGAACACCGCAGUCAGGUUGUUCUGUACACACUGCUAAGCCAAGAGAGAAGAGCUGACCCUGAGGCUGGCUUGCUGCUCUACCUUAAGACUGGUCAGAUGUACCCUGUGCCUGCCAAACAUCUAGAUAAAAGAGAAUUAUUAAAGCUAAGAAACCAGAUGGCAUUUUAUCUGUUUCACCGUAUUAGCAAACCUGCUACUGGAAAGAAGACACAGCUUGCUUCUUUGCCACAAGUAAUUGAGGAAGAGAAAACUUGUAAAUAUUGCUCACAAAUGGGCAACUGUGCUCUUUAUAGCAGAGCAGUUGAACAACAGAUGGAUGACAGUUCAGUCCCAAUCGUCAUGCUGCGCCAAAUAAAAGAAGAAACCCAGCAUCUGAAGCAUGCACACUUAGAGUAUUUCAGCCUGUGGUGUCUUAUGUUAACCUUGGAGUCACAAUCAAAGGAUAACAAAAAGAAUCACCAAAAUAUCUGGUUAAAGCCUGCCUCAGAAAUGGAGGAGAGUGGCAACUGCAUUGGAAACCUGAUUAGAACAGGACACGUAAAGACAGUUUGUGACGGGCAGUAUUUACAUAAUUUUCAGUGUAAAAAUGGUGCCAUACCUAUCACAAAUCUCAUGGCAGGUGACAGAAUUAUUUUAAGUGGAGAAGAGAGAACACUAUUUGCUUUGUCUAGGGGGUUUGUGAAGGAGAUUAACAUGACCACAGUAACCUGUUUAUUAGAGAGGAACUUGUCGGUACUACCCAAAUCAACUUUGUUCAGAUUAGACCAGGAAGAAAAAAAUUGUGAUAUAGAUACUCCAUUAGGAAAUCUUUCUAAACUGAUGGAAAACACUUAUGCCAGCAAAAAACUUCGAGAUUUAAUCAUUGACUUUCAUGAACCUGAGUUUAUACCCUACCUCAGUUCUGUUCUUCCACAUGAUGCAAAGGAUACAGUUGCCUGCAUUCUAAAAGGUUUGAAUAAACCUCAGAGGCAAGCAAUGAAAAAGGUACUUCUUUCAAAAGACUACACACUCAUCGUGGGCAUGCCUGGGACAGGAAAAACAACUACAAUAUGUACUCUUGUAAGAAUCCUCUAUGCCUGUGGUUUUAGUGUUCUGUUGACCAGUUAUACACACUCUGCUGUUGACAAUAUUCUCUUAAAGUUAGCCAAGUUUAAAAUAGGAUUUUUGCGUUUGGGCCAGACUCAGAAGGUUCACCCACAUAUCCAGAAAUUUACAGAGGAGGAAAUUUGCAGAUCAAAGUCCAUUAAAUCCUUAGCUCUUCUAGAAGAACUCUACAACAGUCAACUUAUAGUUGCAACAACGUGUAUGGGAAUAAACCAUCCGAUAUUUUCCCGUAAAAUUUUUGAUUUUUGUAUUGUGGAUGAAGCCUCUCAAAUUAGCCAACCUGUUUGCCUGGGGCCACUUUUUUUUUCACGGAGAUUCGUGUUGGUGGGAGAUCAUCAGCAGCUUCCUCCCCUGGUGCUCAACCGUGAAGCAAGAGCUCUUGGCAUGAGUGAAAGCUUAUUCAAGAGGCUGGAGCAGAAUAAGAAUGCUGUUGUACACUUAACUGUGCAGUAUAGAAUGAACAGUAAAAUCAUGUCCUUAAGUAAUAAGCUAACCUAUGAGGGCAAGCUGGAGUGUGGAUCAGAAAAAGUGGCCAAUGCAGUGAUAAACCUACCUAACUUUAAAGAUGUGAAGCUGGAACUGCAAUUUUAUGCUGAUUAUUCUGAUAAUCCUUGGCUGACUGGAGUAUUUGAGCCAAACAAUCCUGUUUGUUUUCUUAAUACAGACAAGGUUCCAGCACCAGAACAGGUUGAAAAAGGUGGUGUGAGCAAUAUAACAGAGGCCAAACUUAUAGUCUUCCUGACUUCAAUUUUUAUUAAGGCUGGAUGUAAUCCCUCUGAUAUUGGUAUCAUUGCACCAUACAGGCAGCAAUUAAAGAUCAUCAAUGAUUUAUUGGCCCAUUCUUCUGUUGGGAUGGUUGAAGUUAAUACAGUAGACAAAUACCAAGGAAGAGACAAAAGUAUUGUUCUAGUAUCUUUUGUUAGAAGUAAUAAAGAUGGAACCGUUGGUGAACUCUUGAAAGACUGGCGACGUCUUAAUGUCGCUAUAACCAGAGCCAAGCAUAAGCUGGUUCUUCUGGGGUGCGUGCCCUCACUAAACAGUUAUCCUCCUUUGGAGAAACUGUUUUGUCAUUUAAACUCAGAAAAAUUAAUCAUUGAUCUUCCAUCAAGAGAACAUGAAAGUCUUUGUCACAUACUGGGUGAUUUUCAGUGA